AUGUUUCCAGCCAUGAGAGUGAAAAUUACAGGCUUGGAUCCCCACCAGCAGUAUUAUAUUGCCAUGGACAUUGUACCUGUGGAUAACAAGAGAUACAGGUAUGUGUAUCACAGCUCCAAGUGGAUGGUGGCUGGCAAUGCUGACUCCCCAGUGCCCCCGAGGGUUUACAUCCACCCUGACUCACUGGCUUCUGGAGACACCUGGAUGAGGCAGGUGGUCAGUUUUGACAAGCUCAAGCUGACCAACAACGAGCUUGAUGAUCAAGGCCAUAUAAUCUUGCAUUCAAUGCAUAAGUACCAGCCCCGUGUUCAUGUCAUCCGCAAGGAUUUCAGCAGUGAUCUUUCUCCUACAAAGCCAGUUCCUUCAGGAGAUGGGGUGAAAACCUUCAACUUCCCUGAGACUGUGUUCACCACAGUGACAGCCUACCAAAAUCAACAGAUCACCAGAUUAAAAAUUGACAGAAACCCCUUUGCUAAAGGUUUCAGAGAUUCUGGGAGAAACAGGACGGGGCUUGAGGCCAUUAUGGAGACCUAUGCCUUCUGGAGGCCCCCCGUGCGCACUCUCACCUUCGAAGACUUCACUACCAUGCAGAAGCAGCAAGGAGGCAGCACAGGCACCUCCCCGACCACCUCCAGCACAGGGACCCCAUCACCUUCCGCUUCUUCUCACCUUCUCUCUCCGUCCUGCUCCCCUCCAGCCUUUCAUCUGGCUCCCAACACUUUCAAUGUUGGCUGUCGGGAGAGUCAGCUUUGCAACAUCAACCUGUCUGAUUAUCCCCCGUGUGCCAGAAGCAACAUGGCCGCCUUGCAGAGUUACCCAGGGCUGAGUGAUGGCGGCUACAACCGGCUGCAGAGCGGCACUGCUUCUGCCUCACAGCCCUCCGAAACCUUCAUGCCUCAGAGGACUCCAUCCUUGAUCUUUUUUUUCUCCCUGCCCAGCAACAGCAAGAUGGAGGCAUACAGCGGCCAGCUGGGGUCCUUCCCCAGCUCCCAGUUUCAGUAUGUCAUGCAAGCAGGCAACCCCGCCUCCACCUCCUCAUCUUCACACAUGUUUGGUGGUGGCCACAUGCAGCAGAGCUCCUACAAUGCCUUCUCCCUGCACAAUCCCUACAACCUCUAUGGAUACAAUUUCCCUGCUUCCCCCAGGCUGGCGGCAAGCCCGGAGAAACUCACCACCUCCCAAAGCACUUUACUCUGCUCUUCCCCAUCCAGUGGAGCCUUUGGAGAGAGGCAAUACCUUUCCACGGGGAUGGAUCACGGGAUGCACAUGAUCAGCCCUCCCUCUGGCAACCAGCAGACGGCCAACGCCUGUGACAACAGACAGUACAGUGCGGUUCAGAGCUCAUCCUCACAGAUGUCUGUGCACAUGGUCUAACAAGCCUU